CACAGCUAUCUGUAUACGGUGAAUCUCAUUCGAAUUCUAAAUUGUUUGAAUUCGAUGACCGCACCAGCCCCGAACCAGCUCACAUAGGCCUUUAUCUCCCCCCUCACUGAGCCUUAUUCCUCCUCUAUUUAAAUCACUUGGGCCUCACAUUCAACUGGGGAAAGAGAAAGGGGUUGUAGAGAUUUUAGAGAAAAGGGAAGAGAAAUAUCAAAAUGGAAAAGAUGAAGUAAAGUUCUCAUAGAUAUUUGCUCUUUCUCAUCCAAGAUUCUUGUCUGAGUGACUCAACACACACACACACACCCCUAUGGAAGGAGGUUUGGAGUUUGACGAUGAUGUCUUCUUUGCACACCUAAGCAAGCAAAUCUCUCUUCUCAUCAUGGAUGAUGAUGAUGAUGAGGACUUACUCAUUGCAAAUAGGGCUCUCACUCAAGCAGUCCAUCCAGAAGUACAGGCCUCAUUUCCCAGUUAUGAUCAGCAAAAAUUUUGCAAAAUAGAGAGCAAAGGCACCGGAGUUUUCAUCCCUCGUUCGUCCCAUCCCAGAAGAAAAAGCACGAAGCAAGGGAGAUCUAUCGCCUCCGGCAACAAGUCUCGGAGGCUUUUCGACCGUAGCUCAAGAGGGUUUCCUCGGAUAACCCAUAGCGACAACAUUUGUUCCUCAUACCAUGAUUCGUCUAAUCUUAGAAGAUGUUAAUUAGUUAACGAUGUUACAUAAGCGAAUUUUGCUUAUAUGAAUCGGAUAUGAAAUCAUCGAUCAAUAUGUGAACGAUGAGACUUAUAUUAUACUUACGUGUCAUAUAAGUAUGAUUUCAUAUAU